GUGUGUUUUUUCUUGUGAGAUGUUUCUAGUUGGUAAAGUCCACACCCUGCACAUUUGAAUUAUUAGGAAAAUGUUAUGUCCUGUUGAUGACUCAUGUUUUUUCUUCUCAGGGUGGAACAGCAUGUUGUCUUUAAGGCUGAACCGGCUCAGUUUUUUUAAUUCAUUUCUUGUGUUUUUUGUUGUGUUUUUUCUUUAACAGAAAGAAGAGUGUCAGUGUUUGUCCAUGUAGUUCAAAGUACAACCGUUCUUCAACUCAAAUUUGUGUGUGUGUGUGACCAUGACGGACCCGUCGAAAGGCUCGUUGGUGCGGAGAUACCUCACAUUUGCCACCGGUUUGGUGGAAUGUUUGUGUUUUGCUGGCGUGUUGUUUGGCUGGGCUUCACUCGUCUUUGUGCUGAAGGAGGACAACUACUUCAGCUCCCUGUGUUUCAACGUCACUUCAACCAAUGGGACGGUGGAAUUAGAUUGCAGUAUACAGGAUGAACAGUUCUCCCUUGUUUUCACCAUCGCUUCCUUUAUGAACAAUUUCAUGUCCUUGCCCAUCGGUUUCCUCUUUGACUUUUGUGGAACUACAGUGGCUCGUCUCUCUGGAAUAGCUGUUUACACCAUGGGGACCUUGAUGAUGGCCUUCUCCUCCGCAGCUUCGGUCAACCUGGUCUUCGCAUCUCUGUCCUUCAUCGCGGUCGGCGGGAUCUUGUUUCUGAUCACAAACAUACAGAUCGGAAACCUGUUCGGAGCACAUCGUUCCACCAUCGUCACUCUUUAUAACGGGGCCUUCGACUCGUCCUCCGCCGUAUUUUUUAUCAUCAAGUUGCUACACGAGACCGGGAUUUCGAUUAAGGCUAGCUUCCUCUUCCUGUCCGCCUGCAGUGUCCUACACGUUCUGAGGACUUUCUUUUUGCUUCCUAGAAAAUUUAUCCCGUAUCCACUGCCGGAAAAUUUCACAUAUGGGGUCACCUGUGGGAAAUCGCAGCCUGAGAAGUCCGAGGUGAACGUUGAAGUGUCAAACCCGAAGGAGGUCGUCCCCGUGAAUGAGAAGAGUUUCCGCCAGUGUGUCCUGUCCUGGUUCUUCCUCUUUCACCUGAUCUGGUUGUCCAUCAUGCAGCUCAGACACCUCCUGUUCAUCGGCACCCUGCACCCCAUGCUGAUAAGGCUGACAGAAGGAGACCCUACACUGGUGAGCCAGUACAUCAAUGCCUUUGCCAUCACCCAGCUGUGUGGUGUGCUGUGCGCCCCCUGGAACGGACUCAUCAUAGACAGAGUCAAGCGGAAAAUAACUGCCCAAGGACUGACUGAGCGGGAGCGACAGCUGCAGGCCAUGGCUCUCUCUCUCUUCAUCACAGCAGUGCAGUGUAUGCUGUUCUCACUCUGUGCAACCAUCCCAUUCCUGCCGCUUCAGUACUUCACCUUCGUCCUGCAGGUGCUCAAUCGCUCCUUCCUGUAUGGUGGAGCCACGGCGUUCAUCGCACUUGCUUUUCCUGUCAGUCACUUUGGGAAGCUGUACGGCCUCAUUUUGUCGCUGUCUGCCGUCUUCUCAGCCCUACAAUACCCCUGCAUCGCGCUGGUGAAAGACGUUCUGGAUGGAGACCCUUUAUACUUGAACAUCGCUCUCACGGUGCUGUGUCUGACUGCAUUCAUCCAUCCCGCCUACGUCCACAUCCAGUGUCGUCGAGCUGUCGCCCGAGCUGCACAGGAUUUAACAAUCAACAAUUAAAAGCUUUAUUUAUACGAUACAUAACAUUCCCAUAUAGAAGUUAAACUUUUAUUUGUUCAGAACAUGUCUAUAUGUCUGACAGUGCAAUACAUUAGCAUCCUGCUUUGAAAAUCAAACACUGUAUGUAGUGGAACACGUGGUCAUUUUGAUGAAAUAUGAAGCUGUAGCAGUUACUGCAUCCACAUGAAGGUCAAGGGAAAUCACGCACUGAAUUGUUAGUUUUAAGCCUGUACUAGAACACGGUAAUAUUUUUGACCGUACUGUGGUAAAUGGGAUGACUGAGAACCACGCCUGGUAGCACUCUUGGGUUUAUUUUGCCUAGAUAUACUUUUGCAACUCAGUGGUUUGUAUGAGUCUUAUCACCAGCUUUAUACUCAGUCAGCUAAAAGGCAAAAGAAUGUGAACUUUUAGUCUCUGCCUUCACAGAAAUAAUAUAUUUUGAACUCCAUCCUUGGGAAAUGUGGACAGAGAAAGAUUAAAAAAUAAACUUCUUGUAUUUUAUCACACACACACACACACACACAAUCACACGGUCUUUGAAGUAUUUAAAUAUGUUAAAUACGUUCAAGGUUACAUAAGGAAUGGUAUUAAUGUUUGUUCAAAGUUGUUUCCAGUUUUACUUGUUCAUGUCAAGGAGAAAUGAAUUUGUUUUGAGGAACUUUUUUACAUGAAGUAACUGAAUUCAAGAGCAGUGGUGACAGGUUUGAUUGAAUAUUUAUAAUGUAUUUAAAGGUUCGUACCUAUAUUCAAGUAUUUUUUUCAUUUUGUUUUUGAAAAUGUUGAAGAAAAAAAAACAUUAUGCACAAUCUCUUGAAGGACUGUGAAAUAUUAAAUUUCAUUUCCCCACGUU